UGUGUGGCCAAGUAUAACUUCCCAGGUGCUACAGAGCAGGACCUGCCCUUCUGCAAAGGAGAUGUCCUCACCAUCAUCGGCGUCACCAAGAUGGACCUCGGUUUGGGUUCCUGGGCUUCCUUGCCCAUUUAGUCCACACGUUUCCCAGUGCGGCCCAUGCGUUUCCCAGUAGGAUUCAUGUACUUCAACUUCAUCAUCUUUAAGCCGUUUCGUCACGGCUUGGGAGAGACGCUCCGGACCGCUGUCCUGCCCUGCUGGGCGACUCCGCUUCCUGGCUGUUCCUUCAGUGUUUCCACAUAAUCCUCCUCCCUCGGGCUGUUCCAGCAUGGCACUGGAGACAUGACUCCUCCCACAAGCCUUUUCUCAUUCCACUUAGUUCCUAUAACUUUCAACAACAACAUAAAACAACAGUAUAGCAAAAAAGCCCCUGUUUAAGACAGCAUGCAUAAAACACAUCCCUUAUCUGUUCGGUCGUCUGAUGGGAUGAAGUGAAUAUUUGUACCCGUUUGUCGUCAUUAAGGGCCUUCUGUAACAUGCCGGAUGGAAGAAAAGGAAAAUCAGAGCACAGCCAUUUUCUUUUGUCUCAUGUCCAACCGGAGCCUCGUCCUCUGGGUUGAAAGCUUCAUCUGCCGAUCGUUAUGACACGACCCAAACUGGUACAAAGCCAAGAACACGGCGGGCCAGGAGGGCACAAUCCCGGCCAACUACGUCCAGAAGCGGCAGGGGGUGAAAUCAGGGAGCAAGUUGAGCCUGAUGCCAUGGUUCCACGGCAAGAUCACGCGGGACCAGGCAGAGCGGCUGCUGUACCCACCCGAGACGGGCCUGUUCCUGGUGCGUGAGAGCACCAACUACCCUGGCGACUACACGCUGUGCAUGAGCUGCGAGGGCAAGGUGGAGCACUACCGCAUAAUCUACCACAACGGCAAGCUCUCCAUCGACGAGGAGGAGUACUUCGAGAACCUCAUGCAGCUUGUGGAACAUUACACCAAAGAUGCCGACGGUCUGUGUACUCGCCUGAUCAAGCCCAAACUGAUGGAGGGAACCGUGGCAGCACAGGACGAGUUCUCUCGCAGUGGCUGGGCUCUGAACAGGAAGGACCUGAAACUCAUUCAGACCAUCGGUAAAGGAGAGUUUGGAGAUGUAAUGGUGGGAGACUACAGAGGGACCAAGGUAGCGGUGAAGUGCAUCAAACACGACGCCACAGCACAGGCCUUCAUUGCCGAGGCUUCCGUCAUGACGCAGCUCAGACACACUAACCUGGUGCAGUUGCUGGGUGUGAUCGUGGAGGAACAUGGAAGCCUCUUCAUUGUCACGGAGUACAUGGCCAAGGGCAGUCUAGUGGACUAUCUUCGUUCGCGGGGCCGCACCGUGCUGGGCGGGGAGUGCCUGCUCAAGUUCUCUCUCGACGUUUGCGAGGCGAUGGAGUACCUCGAGAACAACAACUUCGUGCACCGCGACCUGGCGGCGCGCAACGUGCUCGUCUCCGAGGACAACAUCGCCAAGGUCAGCGACUUCGGCCUCACCAAGGAGGCCUCGUCCACACAGGACACGGCCAAGCUGCCUGUCAAAUGGACAUCCCCUGAGGCGCUUCGAGAGAAGAGGUUUUCCACCAAGUCCGAUGUGUGGAGUUACGGCGUCCUGCUCUGGGAGAUCUACUCCUUCGGCCGCGUGCCUUACCCCAGAAUCCCACUGAAGGAGGUGGUGCCGAGGGUGGAGCGGGGCUACAAGAUGGACCCGCCGGACGGCUGCCCCGCCGUGGUCUACGACCUCAUGAAGCAGUGCUGGGGCCUGGAGCCGGCCACGCGGCCCUCCUUCCGCACGCUGCGCGAGAAACUGCAGCAUAUCCGGGCCAAAGAACUCUACCUGUAAGCUCCACCCCCCGGGCGGGGCCACGCCACACGGUUAUGCGUAGGAGGCGGGGGAGGAGGAGCUGAGAACAGACCUUGAACCAAUGGGCUUCGGAGUUUCCCCUCCGUCUCUCUCUCAUUGGAUUUUUUUUUGGGGGGGGGGACUUUUCAUCUGGACCCGCGCAGCAGCUUCCGUAAGGAGGACUUUAAUAAACACGUGUGCAUGUGCGCGCAUGAACGCCUUUUUUUGUUUGUUUUUGUUUUGUUUUACCUUGCUUUUUCGGUUCUUUCUCCAUAACAAAAUGGCGAUGGCUUUCUUGCUGUCUUCCUAUCCCAUUCUUUCUCUCUCUCUCUCUCUCUCUCUCGCUUGCUCGCUCGCUCUCUCUCCUGUCACUCUGUCCCUUUCAGCAUGACAUUAAUGAGGGGAAGGCUGGCCUUCUCUCCAGUGUUUUGUCAGAUGCUUCUCUCUCUCUCUCUCUCUCUCACUCACCUUCAGACUUCUCUCUUCAUCUGGUGUAAUGUGGCACAGGUUCUGGCUUCAUCCCUCCCCUCAGUAGUGUGUGUGCAUGUGAAGUGUGCUUGGGUGUGGGUGGGUGUGUGUGUGUGUGUGUGUGUGUGUGUGUGUGUGUGUGUGUGUGUGUGUGUGUGUGUGUGAGAGAGAGAGAGAGAGAGGUGUUUGCUCUGUGCCAAAGUGCCUCCAGAUGGCAGAAUUGAUGUGUCUCGUUUCCGCUGCCACACACUCGUUUAGCUUUUGUUUGAUUUUUGUUGUUGUUGUUGUUGUUGUUUAUUUGUUUGUGGGUGUGUUUUUUUGUUUUUUAAAUGCCUUUUUUAAACCAGUUGUUCUUGUUGUCAAUUUGUAUGUUUGCUUGUAUCAUCUCCCUCCAGAAUAGGUCUGUCUGUCAACGUCAGGAAUAACAGCAAAGAUCUGGAACACUGCACACACCAACACGCACACAGAUGCACGUACACACACACACACACACACACACACACACACACUUUUACACGUGCAGUUCCCAUCUGAGCUCAACCGCGCCAGCCAAAACAGGGCACACAAUUCUCCCAUGAACCCUUGGGGUGCGGGACAGGUCAGGACAUGGACGAGUCUUUCUUUUAUAUUAAAAUAUAUUUAAAGGACUGAAGGAAAAAGACGAAGAAAAACAAACUUACAAUGGCAAGAAAACAAA